AUGAAAUUUCAAAAGCUUCCCCUUCAGAAAUUAUUUUCCCCACUUCCUAAUUAGCAAUUUGAACAGAAAGAAACCCUACUCUCUCUCCCUCUCUGAGAAAAUGUAUUCGUUUCCUCAACCUGGUUCAGUCACCAUCUGUGAAAUCAACAGAGACUUCAUUACGGCCGAGAACCUCUCAGACGAUCGAGCUAAGGAAACUUACGCCAAAGUUCUCGGAAUUGUAUUCAGUGCGGUUUCUUUUCGGACCGAUCAUCUAUUACCAUCACCGAAUCCGGAACAGGGUUCGGAACAACUAGGAAGAAUUGAUGAGAGUGUUCAGAGGAACAGCUGGUCAGCAGCACUACAGGGGAUUUUUAUCAAUUCCCUCAAACUCCUUUUUCAUCCGAAUGAUGUAAAAUUGUUGCCAGAGGUUGAUCUUCAUGGAGUGAGUUGGCAUCGACAUAAGCAUAUUUUAGCAUUCAUUUCUGGGCCAAAUCAUGUUACAAUUCGUGAUUAUGAGGAUUCAGAACGGAAGGAACCAUGCAUUUUGACCCAUGAAUCCCAAAGAGAUGUUAAGCUUCUUGAGUGGAGGCCAAAUGGUGGGAGGACACUUUCUGUAGCAUGCAAGGGUAGAAUUUGUAUAUGGACUGCUUCUUAUCCUGGCAAUGCGGCAUCUGUGAGAUCUGGAGUUACCUCUGGCACUAUUGCUAGGGGUGCUGGAACUCGAUGGACUCUAGUGGAUUUUCUUCGAAGUCACGAUGAUGAACAAAUUAGUGCACUUUCUUGGAGUCCAGAUGGAAGAUAUUUGGCAUCUGGCUCGUAUGAGAGCUCGUUAUUCACGAUCUGGGAUGUUGCUCAAGGUCGAGGCACACCCAUUCGACGGGGAUUAGGAGGCAUAUCAAUGCUAAAGUGGUCUCCCACUGGAGAUUAUUUUUUCGCAGCGAAGUUUGAUGGGACAUUUUAUCUUUGGGAGACAAACACAUGGACAUCAGAACCUUGGUCCUCAACCAGUGGCUUUGUCACGGGAGCGACAUGGGAUCCCGAUGGAGGAAUGAUACUUGUUGCUUUCUCUGAAUCUUUAACAUUAGGUUCUGUUCAUUUUGCAUCAAAGCCUCCGUCACUAGAUGCACACCUUUUGCCGGUUGAUUUGUCAGAGAUACAAUCCUUGACUCACAGUCGAGGCAUUGAGAAGAUAGCUUGGGAUGCUUCGGGUGACAGAUUGGCUUUAUCAUAUAAAGAUGGGGAUGAGCUGUACAGGGGUCUCAUUGCCAUUUGUGAUGUCAAAAGGACUCCACUGAUUUCUGCAUCAUUAAUUGGGUUCAUUAGAGGGCCUGGAGACAAUCCGAGGCCACUUGCUUUUUCAUUUCAUGACAAGUUCAAACAGGGACCGUUGCUUACUGUGUGUUGGAGCAGUGGAUUUUGCUGCACCUAUCCACUUAUAUUUCGUUCACAUGUUCUUCCCUAGUCAAGGCAUUUGUUCUAUUUUGGAUUUUGUUUCCCUCUCUUGUAAAAUGCUGAUUCUGUAGUACAUGAAUUCCAUCUACUCUUCAUGAAAUUUCAAUUGAAAAAGGUGUUUUUAAUUUUUUAA